AUGGCCAUACCAUUUCAGUUGUUGAAGACUGUGGCUGAGAAAGAUGAUAAAUCUUGUGUUCUACUCUUACUGCUUGUUUUCUCACUUUCAAUUGAUUCAAGCGCUCGGCAAAACCACUCCAAUGUGAUCAACUUAGGGUCUUCGCUUUCCCCCAGUGCAAACCAUACUUCUUGCCUCUCACCUUCUGGUCUUUUUGCAUUUGGUUUCUACCAACAAGGUGAUGGCUUUCUUAUUGGAAUAUGGUUGAUUCAUCAAACUGAGAAAACAAUAAUUUGGACAGCAAAUCGAGAUGACCCACCUGUCUCCUCAAACGCUUCUCUGGACUUAACUAGAGAUGGUAAGCUGCUGCUAAAAAUUGAGAAAGGCAUAGAAAAGUUAAUUCCUCAAAUGCUUGAUCCUGCUCCUUUAGUUUCAGCUGCUAUGCUUGAUUCUGGUAAUUUUGUUCUCUACGGCAAUGAUUUCUCUGUCAUUUGGGAGAGCUUUGAUUUUCCAACUGACACCAUACUAGGAGGUCAGAAUCUUUCUUCUGGGUAUAAACUGGUUUCUAGCGUGUCUACAUCAGACCAAUCAAGUGGAAGAUUUUUCCUUCAAAUGCAGAAAGAUGGAAACCUUGUUGGCUACCCUGUAAAUAGCUCGGCAGAAUCAGAUGAUGCUUAUCGGUCAUCUGACACUCCUAAUAGCGGUUUCAAUGUACAGCUUAUUCUUAGUCAUAUAGGCAUUCUAUUCCUUAGUGGUGGUGAUUUGCGUGAACACAUUUUGGCAAAUAGCUCCUACCCUAGCAAGAAUAGGACUGCUAUCCAUCGUGCAACACUCGAUGCAGAUGGGAUAUUUAGAUUGUAUUUACACCGCUUUGAGAGCAGUAAUGGCUCUGAUGUGUUGCUGGAGUGGUCCGCAUUGUCUAACCUAUGUGAAGUCAAGGGUAUCUGUGGAUUCAACAGUUACUGCUCAGGCAUGGGCAACAAAGAUGUCUGUAAAUGCUAUCCUGGAUUUCAUUUCAUUAACGCCAGUAAGUUGUUCCUGGGCUGUUACAAGAACUCAAGUGACGAUGAUUGCAGACGCAGUAAACAUCCAUCAAUGUUGUACAGUAUUGUUCCUUUAGAGAAUCUGUGGUGGAGUGAUUAUCCUUACUCGGUGGUACAAAUGGAGAAGGAAGAUUGUUGCAAAUCUUGCUUGGAAGAUUGUAAAUGUGGGGCGGUAUUGUAUACAGGUGAUGAGUGUACCAAAUUUAAGCUUCCACUAAGAUAUGGCAGAGUAAGUGAUAAUUUUUCAUAUACUGCCUUCUUUAAGGUGAUAAGGGAUGAUCUCAGAAUACCAUUACCAGACCAUAAUCCCCCAUUAGCUCCAACGGUCUUGACUGAAAGCAAAAGAAGUCUGAUUUUGAUUCUUUCUGUAUAGAAGGCUGUUGGGAAAUGCAAAUUUGGGAUUAACUGAAGAGUUAACUCUAGAUCAUUUUCUUAUAGCGAGCUUGAGAAAGCAACAGAUGACUUCAAGGAAGAGUUAGGUAGGGGUUUUUUUGUAGCUGUUUAUAAAGGGACUAUAUCUGAAGGUAACGAAGCUAUGCUGUUAAAAGACUAGAGAAAGUAGUGGAAGAAGGGCAAAGGGAAUUUCGAGCUGAGAUGACUGCAAUUGCAUGAACUCAUCACAGAAACUUGAUUCGAUUACUUGGUUUUUGUAUUGAGGGCUCUAGGAAGCUUCUAGUUUACGAAUUCAUGAGUAAUGGCUCGUUAGCAGAUCUUCUCUUCAAGGCUGAGAUGCGCCCCAUUUAGAAAGAAAGAGUGAGAAUUGCCCUUGAUGUUGCCAAAGGGAUUCUCUAUCUGCAUGAAGAGUGUGAAGUUCAUAUCAUCCACUGCAAUAUAAAGCCUCAAAACAUACUCUUGGAUGAUACAUGGACUGCAAAGAUAUCUGAUUUUGGGUUGGCAAAGCUGUUAGUGCCAAAUCAAUCAAGAACCACUAUGGGAAUUGAAGCAAAAGCUGGGUACUUGGCACCUGAAUGGCAAAAGAAUGCCUUAGUAUCUGUUAAAGCAGACACAUACAGUUUUGGUAUUGUGCUUUUGGAGAUAGUUUGUUGUAGAAGCAGUA